CUUCAGCGCCACCACGGGGGGCGCGCCCCACAGCUUGAGAACUGCUGACUUAACUUGAGACAUCAGAAGUAACUAACAAGUCCGUGUGCCACAUGAAACUACACAUCAGCAUUUAUCAGGCUUGGAUUGUCAUCUCAAGAUGUCUCACCUUUGGAGAUGGCUGCCCUGGGCCGACCUUUCCAGGUGGGGAUGCUCUAUGACUGUCGCACUGAUUCACUCAUUCCAGAUGUCACUCUAUGGGACUUGGAAAACCUCAAGAAAGACCUCAAGAUUAAACCCCAGGAGAACACGCAGGUCAACAUCAUCACUUUGGACUCCUUGGAUGAGAAAACUUCCAUCUUAAAUAUGACAGCCUCCCUUAAAGCGAGCUUCUUGUGUGGCUUGAUUGAGGUUGAUGGAGCUGCCAAGUACCUCAAUAACACCAAAUCAUCCAAACGACAGUCCAAGGUCACCCUGCACUACAGCACGACCACCAGAAUGGAGCAGCUCAGCAUGAGCCACUUAGGGAGACAGAACGUCGUCUAUCCAGAAGUGUUUGAGCAGAAAUCGGCCACCCAUGUUGUCACAGGCGUGUUGUAUGGUGCUCAGGCUUUUUUUGUUUUUGAUCAAUGGGACUCUAAAGAGGAAGAGAACCGAGAUAAUAAAGGAAAAUUAGAAACAUUAAUUCAAAAAUAUAUUUCCAUAGAUGGAAAAAGAACCCUAAAAAUGACAGAUGUUGACAAGGCAACUGCUGACCAUCUUAAUUUCACAUUCUAUGGUGAUUUUCUCCUUGAUCACAAUCCUACAAGCUUUCAGGAUGCCAUGCAGAGUUACAACAAUUUGCCAAAGCAACUUGGCAAAGAUGAGAAGCUAGCAGUGCCCGUCCAGGUCUGGUUGUACCCACUGAAACAUCUCGACUCACAGGCUGCUCAGCUGGUACAAGAGAUCAGUGUGGCACUCGUGUCCAAAUCUCAGGAGGUCCUGGAGGAAUUAGAUGAGCACAUCAUGAGAUGUAAUGACAUCAUGAAGGACGGUGUUGUCAAUAACUUUACUAUAAUUAGGAAAAAUGCAAAUGACUUCAAAUCAAUGCUUAAUCAAUUUAAAAAUACCUUCCAAAAAGACCUGGCAAGGGUAUUGCCAAAAAUCAGGGGGGGUAAUGCCAGUGAAGAAGAGCUGGCCAACAUUCUGAAGAAGAAGGAGGAGUCGCCAUUUAAGAAGUGUGUCAUAACAACAUGGCUGGAGAAAAGAGUAAAGGAAAUAACUAUGCUCAGAAGUUUCUUUAAUCGAAUUGAAGAAAUUAAACUUGAUAUUGUUAUCAAUGACCUGGAUACAUUAAUUUACAAUACUAGUAUUAAAAAUAUUGUCUGCUUGACUUUCACUUCACUCCAUGUGUGUCAUUCAUACAUGUUGGAAAUGGAACGCUAUCUUCAAGCACCUCCUAGGAAGUCCUCAUAUCAUCUGUCAGAGCCAAGUGAAGAGUUAAUCAUCCAGAAUUUCAGACAGCAUUCCCAGAGUUUCAUCGAGUUUGCUGAAAUUAACCAAAGCAGCAAGACAACGAGAUUUCUUGUCCACUCCAUCCCUGAUGUUGAAUGUCUUGGGGCAACAAUCUAUUUGUAUGAAUGUGGACGUCUCAUCAACCACAGCUUUCAGCUUCCAUCGAAACCUGAGACUCUUGAGGUUGACUCCCAAACAGAAGACAGUGUAACCCUAAUGCUUAGACCACCAAAGUGUGACUUAGAAGGGUACAGAGUGGAGUAUAAGCGACUCGAAGAUGAAGAGUGGAAGACUGUAAACACGACUGAUAAAAGUGUAAAAUUUACCAUUGCAGAGUUACGUCCAGCUUCAACAUAUCAAUUCAGACACAGAGCCGUUUGUAAAGUUGGUGUGAGUCAGGCCAGUGAUACGAUUGAAGUGAGGACACUGCCCGUUAAAAAGCCUACGGGAAGAUAUGCUAUAAAAGACAAAUGUAAGGAGAUAAAAGGUGGAAAAUUAAGACUUUAUCUUUUGCCUUUGAAAUCACAGUUCAUUAAUACUGUGAAGAAGAUUGAAACAUUUCCCUUUGGAAACAGAACAUCCAUCAAACCUUCAAAAUCAAUUAUGGUCCUUGGAGCAACAGGUUCUGGCAAAUCCACCCUCAUCAACGGAAUGUUUAACUUUAUCUUAGGUGUCCAGUGGGAGGAUGACUUCAGGUUCAAGUUAAUCCAUGAAGAAACAUCUAGAAGUCAAGCUGAAAGCCAAACUUCUGCUGUCACUACCUAUGAAAUGAACUACCAGGAUUGUUUCAAGGUACCAUACUCCUUCACUAUAGUCGACACACCAGGUUUUGGAGACACCAGAGGAAUUGAUCGGGACAAACAAAUCGCUGAGCAGAUACGAGAAUGUUUUUCAUCUCCACAGGGUGUCCAACAUAUUAACGCAGUGUGCUUUAUAGUUCAGGCUUCCCAAGCUCGACUGACACACACACAGAAGUACGUCUUUGACUCCAUUUUGUCCAUUUUUGGUAAAGACAUAGCCAAUAACAUCCUGGUCCUGAUCACAUUUGCAGAUGGACAGCGUCCACCAGUUCUGGAUGCCAUCAAGGACUCUAAUAUACCGUUCCCCAAAGAUGAGAAAGGGAGCCCUUUAUUUUUCAAAUUUAAUAAUUCAGCACUUUAUGCUAAUAAUGACGAGACUAAUAGCAGUGAUUGUCUGAUGUUUGACAAAAUGUUUUGGGACAUGGGUGCAAAGAGCAUGGAGGGGUUUUUUAAGACUGUAGAGAUGAUGGAUGAUAAAAGUUUAGCACUAACUAAAGAGGUGCUUAAAGAGCGCAAGAACUUGGAGAUGGUAGUGGAAGGACUGCGGCCUCAAAUCAGUAAUGCACUGAGUAAACGUGAAGAAAUUCGACAGACCCGUGACAUUUUAAAUAAGCACAAUACUGACAUACAGAGCAACAGGGAUUUUGAGUAUGAAGUGGAUGUAACUGAGACAAUAAGAGAGAGCAUUGCAGGCACCGGCAAGUUCAUCACUAACUGUCAGAAAUGCAACUUCACCUGUCAUUAUCCAUGUGGGUUACCAAAUGAUGAGAAUAAGAUUUCAUGUGCUGCUAUGAAGGACGGGGUCUGCACUAUUUGUCCUGGUAAGUGUGAGUGGAAUAUUCACUCCAACCAACAGCACAAAUUCAUCUAUGAAACAAAAAAAGUCAAAAAGACGUAUGAUGAACUUAAGAAGAAAUAUGAAGAUGCACAAGGGGAACUGAUAACAACUGAGCAAGUGCUUAAGCAGCUUCAGCAUGAACUGGAUGAUGUGACAAACUUGAUUUACAAACUCAUUACAGAGUCACAUGAAAGUAUUAAACGACUUGAUGAAAUCGCCCUCAGACCAAACCCGCUCUCCUCUCCAGAGUACAUUGAGCUCCUCAUUCAGUCUGAAGAACAAGAGGCAAAGCCGGGAUGGAUGGAGCGAGUGAAGUCACUGCGGGAAGUGAAAGAACAUGCAGUGAUAAUAGCCAAUCUCUCAGCAAGUAAGCAGAAGAAGCAUGAUGAUCAAGAAGAAAGGAAGAAAGACUCUGGAAACAAUUCUGGUUGGUUUAGCACAACAUGUCUGGGAGUAGAAGGUAAAGAAAGUAUCGAAACAAAACGUCAAAAGAGAAAAUCGUCAGACACAAUGUGCCCAUGGAAUAUCAAAGUUACAAAGAAGAACUUAUGAAAAAAUAAAGAAACACAUUAAAACUGUUAAAAGUACAUUUGGUAUUUAUGGUUCCAUUCUCAGAUACUGAAUGACCUUUCUAUCUGCACAACUGAUGACUUCUGUUAUUGAAUAUGAUUUUAUUAUGAAGUAAUCAAAAGUAUUAAAAUGUGUUUUUUUUAUCUUUUUUUUAAUUCUAAUUACUUUGUUAAAAGCAUUUUUGGAUUAAAAGCACAUUAUUGAACUGUAA